UGGCUGCGUCAAAACUUUUGCCGCGAUCGCGCAGUUUCUGUUUACAUGCGCUGUAAUACGUAGUUUGAUAAUCAAAACAAAGUAAUAUUUAUUGACUUUUAAGUGACAAAAACUAUUUAAACAAUUAUAAAAGUGAUUUUAAGUGACAAAUGAACGGUGUUAAUGUGAAAAUAUGACCAAGAACUUAUUUGGAAUGAUUUCGUUUAAAGUUUGGAUGUGUUUGGUUGCGGUGGCCGGUGCGCGCGCACGCUCCGCGCCGCCCGCCCCUGUCGGCUGUCAGUGGGACUAUUCGGACGCAAAGUUGAGUGAAUCUAACUUUCUCACGUGUAAUAUCAAAACCAUCGGUUCAGCAGACUUCUUAUUUAAAAACAUAACCACGGCGCAGGCGUAUAACAUCAACAAGUUGAAACUGACUUGUUCUGACUUACUUUUCUUUGAAAGUUCUCUACACAUGAAUACAGGCAGUUUUUUAGGACAGUUACGAAAAUUGGAAGACCUGCGCAUUGAAUACUGCAAAAUACGUUAUGUCCCGGCGACCGUUUUAUCACCGCUACGUGAUUUAACGAGUCUGACUCUACGGUCAUACAAUACAGAUUGGCCUGCCAUGACAAUAGAAUUUCAUGCUGAGAGUUUUCGUGGAUUAAUGGAACUUCGAUCACUGGACUUAGGUGAUAAUAAUAUUUAUAUGCUACCAUCUGAAGUAUUUUGUCCGCUUUUUAGUUUAGAGUCAUUAAAUUUGACAAACAACAGAAUGCAAGAUAUUUCCGAUAUUGGAUUCUCAGACUGGGGCAAAGGGCCUAUCGCACCUGGUAAAUCAUGUAAUACAGGAUUGAAAAUGCUUGACUUAUCUCAUAACAAUAUUUUAAGACUGCCUGAUAAUGGUCUUUCAAGCUUAAGAUCUUUAGAAGUCUUGAAAAUUCAUAAUAAUUUAAUUAAUGAAAUUGGAGACCGAGCGUUCGUCGGGUUAAAUUCAUUGAAAAUUUUAAAUUUAUCUGGAAACAAAUUAGUUGCAGUCCCCCCAGAACUGUUUCAAUCUUCUCGUGUUAUCAAGGAAAUAUCAUUAGCGAAUAAUUCUUUAUCUGUAUUAGCACCUGGAUUAUUAGAAGGACUUGAUCAGCUGGAAAAAUUAGAUUUAUCAAGAAAUCGUCUCACAAAUGAUUGGGUCAACAGAGACACCUUCUCUGGAUUGAUUCGUUUAAUUAUUUUGAAUCUAUCAUACAACGCUCUGGCUCGCUUAGACCCUAAAUCAUUUCAAGAUUUGAAUAAUCUACAGGUAUUGAAUUUAGAUAACAACGCUAUUGAAGUAAUUAGCAAUGGAGCGUUUUCCGAGUUAAAAAAUCUGCAUCAACUUUCAAUAUCUGACAAUAAAAUAAAAGUAUUAAAUGAAAAUGUAUUCUCAAAUUUGUUUGUACUCAGUCAACUGUAUUUAGAUAACAAUGAAAUAUCUACAAUACAUGAACGUUCCUUUGAAAAUAUUACAUAUUUGCAGGAUUUGGGUCUAAAUGGAAACAGCCUUAAUAUGAUUCCAAAUGGCAUUAAGAGAUUACGAUUUUUAAAAUCUCUUGACAUAGGAAAGAAUAACAUUACGAAAAUUACUAAUACUUCUUUUGAAGGCCUAGAAGAAUUAUAUGGACUGCGACUUGUCGAUAAUCAUAUAAGAAGCAUACCAAAAGAUACAUUUAGUACUUUACCAUCUUUACAAGUCCUAAAUAUAGCUUCUAAUAAAAUAGAAAUAAUAGAACAAGAUGCAUUUAACUCGAACCCAACGUUAAAAGCUAUCCGUCUUGAUGGAAAUAGACUAACUGACAUUCGAGGUGUUUUUAACAAAUUAAAUACUUUAGGUUGGUUAAAUAUAUCUGACAACAAACUUAUAUACUUUGAUUACGGUUAUAUGCCAGAGAGUCUUGAAUGGUUAGAUAUUCAUAUGAAUAACAUAACAAAACUAGAUAACGAGCAAAACGUGCAACAAAACAUCCGAAUGCUCGACGUUAGCUACAAUGCCUUAGAAAACGUCGAUGAAAGGUCUAUGCCGGAUUCAAUAGAGAUCCUUUUCUUAAAUAACAACAAAAUUCACACCAUUCAUCCAGGUACAUUUAUACAAAAAAGAAAUUUGGAAAAAGUGGUUAUUACGGACAAUAAAUUGAGAACCGUUGAACUAUCAGCAUUUACGUUGCCUCACAUACCGAAACAUAGAUCAUUACCAAAUUUUUUUAUCGGAAAUAAUCCGUUUAUAUGUAACUGUCAUAUGAUUUGGCUUCAAAAAAUAAAUCUUUGGAAUCACAUGAGACAGUAUCCACGAUUCGUAGAUUUGGACUCGAUUACUUGCGAAGUCGUUAGCAACAAGUACGGUGGGAAAGCGAAUUUAAUGGAUGUUCCUGAAACACAGUUCCUUUGUUCUUAUGAAACUCAUUGUUCUUCAAGUUGUUUCUGUUGUGACUUCGAGGCUUGCGAUUGUAAAAUGACGUGCCCAGAGGGUUGUUCCUGUUUUCAUGAUAGUAAUUGGAAUUCUAAUGUUAUUGACUGUUCAAACGUUGGAUACACGGAAGUUCCAGAAAAAAUACCAAUGGAUGCUACUGAACUUUAUCUUGAUGGUAAUGAUUUUGGCGCCUUAGGAAGUCACUUAUUUAUUGGAAAGAAAAAAUUACACAAACUAUACCUAAAUAAUAGCAAUAUUGCUUCAAUGGAUAAUGAUACUUUAAAUGGAUUGCAUGCGCUUAAUGUUCUACAUCUUGAAAAUAAUCAUUUGACGGAAUUAUCUGGAGGAGAGUUUUCUCAAACAAAACAUUUGCGAGAGUUAUAUAUAAAUGAUAACCUGUUGACAAGUGUUGCUAAUAAAACAUUUGAAAACUUAUCUUCCCUGCGUAUUGCUCAUCUACAAGAAAACAAAAUAUUGGACCUUGAUAAGAAGUUGGCUCAUAUCGUUCACUUAGAAAAUGUGAAUGUACGGGGCAACACUUUCACUUGUUCCUGUGAUAACUUAAUGUCCCUACAAAAUUGGUUUAAGAAGCACUAUGAAGAUCCAUCAGAAAUGUUGUGUUCAGCAGAAAAUAGUUUGACUUCAAAUAUAACAGUGUUUGAUGUGAUGGAUAAGUGUCGUGACUCUGGUGUUAUGGACAAUACUAUACCUACUGAAAAUCAACCUUAUCAAUAUGAUGAAAUAAGUACUAUUAAAUUAAAUUUCGUACCUCUUCUAGCUGUUGUAUUAAUAAGUGUAAUUCUCAUUUUAUUAUUCGGUGCAUUAGCAUAUUCUUUUAGACAAAAUGUGAGGUUAUGGGCUCAUUCUAAAUAUGGAGUCAGGCUAUUUAAAAGUGCUUCAAUACAAGAGAGUGAACUUGAUAGGGAUAGAUUGUACGAUGGAUAUGCUGUAUAUAGUUUAUUAGAUGAUGAUUUCGUUUCAAAAGUAGUUGCGCCUGAAAUGGAACACUUUGGUUACACAAUGUGUUUUCACUAUAGAGACUUACAACAUGCACCCGAAAAUUAUUUAUCAGAGCAAAUUACGAAUGCUGCUGAAUCAUCAAAGAGGCUUUUAGUUUUUGUUUCUUUUAAUUUCUUACAGAACGAAUGGUCUAAGAUUUCGUUUAAAGAAGCAAUAAAACAUGUCAUCACUUCGAUUCACCCUUCUUUAAGACGGCAUAGAGUUGUUUUCAUUUUAACAACAGAUGUAAGCGCUUUAAAUUUAGACUUAGACUUUCAAAACUAUUUAAAAAAUUGUAAUGUAUUACUAUGGGGAGAGAGAAAGUUUUGGGAAAAAAUGAGAUUUCUUAUGCCUGAUAUUUCAAAUUUACAUUGGAAUAAGGAUACUAUUAACUAUGCCCAUGGUGUAUGUCCUAAUGGCAGACGGCAUCCCUCUCGGUAUACCGCAUCACCGACAGCGCCAGAACAUUGGUAUAAAUACGAUGCGAUUCCUCCUCAAACACCAACCACUGCCAAUGUUGGUAUUAACAUAGAAGACGAUACAUCAAUGUUAACAAACACCACAUUGACGAGUCAAAUACAAGAAGGUGACAAUCCACACCAUAGUUACAUUUCAAUUGAUACACAAAAUUAUGAACAGCCGUACUCAGGUCGACCUAGGCCGUCUAAUACAUUACGAAAACAUCCCAACCACCACUCCCCAUCAAUACUCGAUGAGCAAGGUUAUUUACAACCCCGAUCUUCAGUACAUGAUUGCUUACCUCAAACCCAUUCGGCCGUACACAGAUAACAUGUUACAAAACUCAAAUGUCGUUAUCUCUUAAAGAUAUUUCUUAAUGGAACAGUACAUUCCAAGCCCGUGUGUAGAAUAGGCUACAUUUUAGUUGCCCAUGCCUUAUAGAUACGUGAUAAUUUUACAAUAUUUCGGUUGAUAUAUUCGGCGAAAUAACUAAUUCGUUCCUCGUAGAGUUCAUAGGGCAUAGAUGGUUUAAAUAUAUAAUAAAGAGACUGUGUUGUUAAACUAUCGCAUACGUAUCGGAAUUAAAAUAGCCUUAUUGUUCAGAAUUGAUUAAAUUUGAUUAAUGUAACAGAUUUAUUAGCGCUAAGUUCAAAGGAGUUGUCCUUUAAGACUGAUAAAAUUUAAUUGUAUAGUUUUAUAAAUUGCCAGUAUAUGAAGUGAAUGGACUUUAAGUAUUUUGGUAUAGUAUAUUAUCUCAUUGUUACCAAAUAUAUUGUAAAUAUGUGUAAGGUAAGCAUUAUGUAAAAUAUAAUGAUAUCUGUAUAGUUUCCUAGUCAUUAAUUAAGUUUGAAUAAUGUUGAUAUUUCUCGAUAGAUAGAAUGCUACAUAGUCAAUAACAUCAUUAACUUAGUCAUAGCUGGUAUUAUUAUUCCUCCUAGUGAGAUAAUGGAUUGUCAAAUUGCCUAAACUGUAUUCGAUAAGAUGAAAUUGUGUAUAUAAAUUGUUGUUAUUGACUUUGAAGCCAAAUAUACCUAAUAUAAUCAAAUCUCGACUGUUAAACGUGCUGAUAAAUUAAAAAAUUAAUAAAAUUAUC